CCAACCUGCAAACUGCAUAGCGUGGUUAUUAUCCAACACACAAAAACCGAAAGGCAUUAAACGUUCGAUUUUGAAAAGAUUUUCUGAACGUUCCCUCACUAAUAAUAUAAUUCGAAUAGAGCCAGUUAUUGAAAAUAUUCUUCAACAACAAUGAGUAGUACUCUUGAUUUACAAACAACUAAUACCACAUCAACAAUGCCACACAGUUACUCGGAAUCUGAGAUUCAAAACUUGGGUGAUGAUGUUUCUAUUGAUAGUGAAGAAUUCAAUAAUACCGUAGUUGCUAUGGACCAAUUAACACUUGGUUCCACACCACUAGACGGUCUUACUGAUAAGCAAUUGGAAAUAUUGAAGAAGUUUACCCAAAUGUUUGAAGAUGACCGUUCCAAACUGACCCAACUUCAACAAUAUUAUUGUUUCCAUGAUAGAUUCUGUUUUGUCAGAUAUUUGAAAGCCAGAGAUUGGGACAUUCCAAAUGCUACUAAAUUAUUGAAGAGUUCUCUUACUUGGAUUGAAUCCUCAUACAAGCCAUUUAGUUUAACUGCUAAACAAUUAUGGUUAGAAGCAUCACCUGCCAAGACUUAUAUCAAGGGUCAUGAUAAGGCUGGUCGUCCAAUUAUUUAUCUUCAUGCCGGUAGAGAUUUCACAAAUGAUCCUGCUACUGGUGUUAGUUUACUUGUUUAUAAUUUGAUUGCUGCCAGUUAUAGAAUGGGUCCAAAUGGUUCUCAAAUGACUUGGAUUUGUGAUUUCAGUUCCUACACAACAAAGUCUGCUCCUCCAUUGGCAGUUUGUAAACAAGCUGUUGAAAUUUUAUCUUCACACUUCCCUGAAAGACUUGGUUUGUGUUUGAUGGUCUUUGCUCCUAAGGUUUUCUAUUGGUUCUUCAAAUUAAUUUCUCCUCUCAUUCCACCUGUCACUAAGCAAAAGAUUCAAUUCUGUAAGGGCACCAAACAAAAGGAUAUGAGAGCAUUCUUUGAACCAUUUGUGGAUAUGUCUCAACUUGAAAAGAAAUAUGGAGGUGAUCAAGAUUUCACAUACAAUCAUAAGGAAAUGUGGGCUCACGAAAUUGAACAUGAUUUGAAGAGAUUGCACAAAAUUAAGGAAGCUGGUGGUAUGAAACCAGAAGAAGCUGAUGCUUUAAUUAAUGAACCAAUUAUUGACACUUUGGAAAAGCACAACAAGUUUUUCAAAGCCAGACAUGCUUCCAAAUAAGACGAGCUAUCUAAUAAUUUAAACAUCCAUUCUCUUUCCUCCACUGUGAAUAACACCUCCAUCAACACACUAAAACAAAAAUAAAUUAAUUUAUUCGAAUGU